CCCCUGCUAUUUCCCUAUCAGACGAUGUGACGCCUGCGGGGAUCCUGCCAGAGACCCACUGCUGGGACUGCCUGCAGAGUGAGGUCCAGCCUUCGCUUCUGGGCAAGCUGGUGGAAGAGAUGGCCGAGGCUCCUGCAGUUCAAGCCACUGAGGUGAUCGGUGACGAUCAAGACAACCCAGAGGUGUUUUACACCGUGGAAAGGGAUGAAAGUGGAGAAGUCGUCUGCCUGUGCUCCGACAUGGGGGAGGCCUACAGUAAAAUUGCUACACUGGCUGAAUAUUUACUCAAAGACCAGCAAGAUGCCCCAGCAGACGAGCAUUUUGAGAGCCUGUUGUCGGACAUCACUGCUGCUGAAGGCUCGGGGGGCUGCGCAGAGGCCAAGAACCGGGGUAGAGCCGGACUGGGCAGGGCUGCCGAGGGGCCAGGGCUUCCACCGCCCACCUCCCCGAAGACAGGCGUCGGCAGAGAAGUGGCCCUGGCUUCACCUUGCCUUUCUUCCCUUGCAGGCUGCUCCUCAGAGGCUCCCGAGGCCAAGCGCCCAAGGCUGGCAAACUCACCAGCCCUGUGCAUCGUGAGCGGGAACCCUGUUGCCAUCCCUCCGAACCCCUGCCAGGAUGGCACCAUCUCGCCACCCGACUUCCACGUGGAGAUUCUGGUGGCCACGGCUGAGAAGUGGCAGCUGCAGAGCCAGGCUGAGAGCCGCUGGGUUCAGGAGUGGCAUCUUCUCCUGCCACGCAGGCCUGCGGCGUCUGGGCUGAGCUCCAGAGAGGGGCUGGAGCAGAUGCCAGGCUUGGGGGCUCGUCUCAGGCCCCCCUCCCUCUUUCUCCCUUGGCCUGCUGCUGAUAUGGAGGAGGAGGGGGACGGGCUCUCCCCGCUCCACCACCCGGGGCUGGGUCACGAACAUGGGCUGCCCAGCUUGGGGCCCUUGGCUCAGCUCAGUCCCUGCCCCUGCGUGGCAGCGGGGGAAGAGGUGCACUCCGCCGAAGAGACGCCAACCCAGAGGCUGUUGCCACAGACCCCUCCGUCUUCUCACCAUCUUGGUCGGCCGCUUCUGGCCCCCAGAGUGCUGGGGUGGUCUCUUGAGGCAGCCGGGCAGGCCGAUUCAGAUGGCGCAGGCAAAACAACACCGCCCACUGACAGCAACGGGGCAUCGCAGUUGGUAGCCUUCAAAGCUUUGGACUGGCACCACCAGGAUUCACGGUUGACUCUGGCCGGGCUUCAGUCCCUUCCUUGCGGGAAGGAAGGAGGGCUGAGCGUAGACCUGCUUCCUCUCUCUUUUCCAGGGUCUUCUGCAAAUCCAGAGUUCUGGUGCUUCCCACAACAUAUGAGCAACAUCCAGAUGAUCUUCACCUUUGAAAAUGCCCAGCAACCCCCCUUGUCUCCUGAGCCACCAACUGCCCCAGAGCUGGCGAGGGCCUUCUGCAAACGGCUGAAGGAACAUUUCUGCAGGCAGUGCCAGUCGGCGCCCCAGCAGCUCUUAGGGCAUCUUUACCUCGAGGGGGCCUUGGUGCGGCAUCGUCCAGAUGGCAGGAGGAAUGCGGACCUGAGACUCUGCAACCCGGGGCAGAUGCAGGGGGCCCCCGUGGAGAGGAGCAGGCUGUUCCAGAUGCCCGGGAAGAGGGACCCGGGGGGCAGCAUCAUCGUGGUCCUGGGGAAGGCUGGCAUGGGGAAGAGUCUUCUGGCCCAGAAGAUCUGCCUGGACUGGGCCAACGGCCAGAUGGCCCAGUUUGACUUUGUUUUCCGCUUUGAUUGCCGGAGGCUGGGCCUCCUCCAUGGGGCCCACCGUGACCUCAGGCCCCUGCUCUCGGAUGUCCUGGGGGGGCUCUGCGAGGGUGUUGACGAUGUCUAUGAGCGCAUGCUGCAGAACCCAGAAAGGGUCCUCCUCCUCUUCGACGGCAUGGGAGAACUGGAGGACCUGGCUGGCUUUGCCUCGGGGAGCCCAUCCCACGGGGAGGGUCAUGGCAUCGGCACCCUCUUGGCUGCCCUCUUCCAGAAGAAGCUUCUCAACGGCUGCACUCUGCUAUUAACAGGACGGCCCCAAGACAGGCUCCCCCCAUGUCUCCCUCGGGUGGACACGGUUCUGGAAGUCGUGGGCUUCUCUGCGGAGCAGGCCUCCCUCUACCUGGCUCGCUAUUUCAAAGGCUCCCCCCACGGGGAGCAGAAGGAGAACCUGAUCAGAACUUCUCCGUACCUGUUCAGCCACUGCCACAACCCCGGCCUCUGCCAGCUCAUCUGCGAGGCGGUGUUCGGAAUGAGCGGCGAAGAGCUGCCCUCCACCCUCACCGGCCUCUUCACCAGGUUCCUCCUCCGCAAGCUGGCGAGUUUGACUGCAAACAGCGCGGCCUCGAAGCACCAGAACCUCACGGCCUUGGCUGAGGUCUCCUGGUCUCUUGGGCAACAUUGCCAAAACGCCCUCCUCAGCAACCAGUUCCCUUCUGUAGCUGUAAAGGACUUUGCUCUGAAGGCUGGGCUCGUGGUGGAGGAGGGGGGGGUAUAUGUCUUUCCCAACUUUGGGGUCCAACAUUUCUUGGUGGCCCUGCACUUGACUCUUGCCAAAGAGAUGAAGGGCAAAAAACUCACCAAAUACCUUGGCUUGGGCUCCAGGUCCAGGAAAUUUCUCUCUUCGUGGGGCCUGGUGCCCCGUUUCUUGUCUGGCUUGCUGUUCUUAAAGGAUGACCUCAGCAGUUCUCUCCUUUUUGGCGAGGAAGGUGAGCUAGAUACAGAGAAGAUGAUCACCAAGAAGCAGAGAAGCCUCUUGAAAUUCAUCCGGAAACUUUCCAUUCAGGAUUUCAGUCCAGACAAGCUCCUGGAGCUUCUCCACUGUGUCCAUGAAGCAGAAGACCCAAGCCUCUUGAACCACUUCACCUUCUCGCUCAGGCCAGACCUCUCUUUCUUGGGCUUUCCACUCACUCCAUCGGACGUCAGUGUCCUUCAGUCUGUGUUGAGAAGGUGCUCCAAAGAGUUCACUUUAGACCUGAGGGGGAGUUGCGUUCACGUGGAUGGACUCAGGAACCUUGUUGACCUGAAGAAUGUCACAAAGUUCAGGGUGUCCCUCGGCGAGGCAGUGGCGCUCUGGAAGCACCUGUGGGGAAUCAAGGAGAGGGGAGCCCUGCAGACCGCCAUGGAGAAGUUCCUCCUGGUGCCCUUCAGAGCCCAGACAAUGGAGGACGUGGACUCACUUCUCAAGCUGGUGCAGCUGCAGAGAGAAAUGGCGGAAGGUGGCCAUCUCAUUCCGGCCAUUGCCGGGCUCCUGAAACUGGAAUUCAGCCUCGGACCCAGCUGUGGCUUGGAGGGUUUCCAAAAGCUGGCAGAGUCUUUGGUUGCCUUUCCGGCUCUUCAGCAUCUGGACUUGGAUUCCCCCGAUGAAAAUGAAAUCGGAGAUGACGGGAUGAAGUCCCUCAGCGGCAUCCUUCCUCGCUUGGCUUCUCUGGAAACAUUAAACUUGUCCCGGAACAAGAUCACGGAUCUGGGCGCAGAGCCGCUGGCCAGAGCCCUCCCGUCCCUGCUUUUGCUGAAGACGCUCAGCUUGUACAAAAACAACAUCGGGGAUGCUGGAGCGGGGCGUUUUGCUGAGAUGUUGCCCCAGAUGAGUGCCUUGCGGGUUUUGGACCUGCACUGCAACAAGAUUUCUGCUGCCGGAGCCCAGCGUCUGACAGACUGCCUGAGGAAGUGCCCUCGCAUCCAGAGCCUGGCGUUGUGGAACCCAACUAUUCCUCACGGGGUUCUUGACCACCUGCAGCAGCUGGAUUCUCGAAUCAGGAGAUUUUAGAGGGAGCCACUGACUGGAGGAAAUUCUGCUGCUAAACCAUUAACCACCGUUUCACCUUCCCGAAAGUACCCUCCAGGGUAGGUGGACUGUAGGUCCUAAAUUUUGUGAUGUUGGUGAAGGCAAAUGGAAGGAUGUCAUAAAAAUGGUGUGGUGCAUGUAGAUGGAUAGGAGCUUCUGUUAUUUGACUUAGCAGAAGUAUCUGUGGAGAAUAAGCAACUGACUUAAAAAAAAAAUCUGGUGCUUCCUGAAUAAACUCAGCUAACUUUUGAGUGCUGGUACCCUUCCGAAGUACUUCUGCAUGAAUUAAGAAGAUCAGCCACUCACCACUUGCUAAAACUGUGGAGAAAUUAUGUCUCGUAACUAACACACAAACAGGUGAGGGAGAAGAAGAAUCCUGACCAAGCGAGAGGUCAUUUUAAGAUUUAGCAAACGUGGAGGGAUGCAAACGUAUUGGUGUGUCUCUGUGCCUAUGAGCAUUUCUCGGACUAUUUGACCCUACAGUGUCUUACGAGAGUGAACUCUAAUGUUCAGUUUUCAUCCCCCUCAGGAACUGUCAUUAAAUCUUUUUCUAGAA